AUGGCCUUGGGGAACCACAGCACCAUCACCGAGUUCUUCCUCCUGGUGCUGUCUGCAGACCCUCGUGUCCAGGCCCUGCUCUUUGUGCUGUUCCUAGUGAUUUACCUCCUGACUUUGAUGGGAAACCUCACGAUGCUGCUGGUGAUCAGGACUGAUUCUCACCUCCACACGCCCAUGUACUUUUUCGUGAGUCACCUCUCUUUCCUGGAUCUUUGCUACUCCUCAGUCACUGUGCCCAAGCUGCUGGAAAACCUCCUGUCUCAGAGCAAAACCAUCUCUGUGGGGGGCUGUCAGACUCAGGUCUUCUUUGUGUUUGUCACUGUGGGCACUGAGGGAUGCCUGCUGUCAGUAAUGUCCUAUGACUGCUAUGAUACCAUCUACCACUGUCUGCACUAUGGACAGAUCAUGACCAACCGGCUCUGUAAUAGACUGGUGUAUGGAUCCUGGGGCCUGAGCUUUCUGGAUGCAUUCAUCAACAUCCUACAGGCUAUGAGUUUGGACUUCUGUGAGGAUCAGUCCAUUCCACACUACAGUUGUGGGCUGCCCUCUCUCUUCCUUCUGUCCUGCUCUGAUGUCUCCACUAGUUUUACUGUUUUACUGUGCUCCAGUCUUGUGCAUGGAUUUGGAACCUAUUUGUUGAUCAUACUCUCCUAUGCCCUUAUCGCCUCCACCAUCCUGAGUAUCAGCUCCUCCUCAGGCAGCACUUCCCCCGGACCAACUGUGCUGAGACUGACCCCAGCUACUGGUCUAGACACCACCGGGGCAGAUGUCGCAUAUGCCAGUGCGUCCCCCUCUGCCCGUAUCUCACCCCAAUCUACCGCGGGUGAGAGCUGUGCAGCUGUGAUGCGGGAACAAGGUGGGCAGCAGUACCUGAGAGGCCUCAGGAAAGCGGUCCAGAGACUGACGUUUUGA